UAUUCACCUGGCAGGUCCUGGGCGGGGGGCGGAGGCAAGAUGGCGGAUUCUGGCGAAAUGGCGGCGCGUCGGCUAUGACCGGAGGUUGGCAUGGCGGAGGAGAAGAAGCUCAAGAUCAGCAAUACGCUGCUCCCCACAGAGUCCAUGAAAGUUAUUGCAGAGUCCAUUGGGAUCUCCCAACUCUCCGAAGAAACAUGCCAAAGUUUGACUGAGGAGGUUAGCUACAGGAUCAAGGAGCUGGCACAGGAUGCACUGAAGUACAUGUACCAUGGCAAACGCAAGAAGCUGACUACAGUGGACAUCGACUGUGCCUUGAAACUGAAGAAUGUUGAGCCACUGUACGGCUUCCACGCACAGGAGUUCAUCCCCUUCCGCUACGCCAGUGGGGGAGGACGUGAACUACACUUCUACGAGGAAAAGGAGGUGGACCUCAGUGACAUCAUCAACACGCCCCUCCCUCGCGUGCCUUUGGAUGUCUGCCUCAAAGCUCACUGGCUCAGUAUCGAGGGAGUGCAGCCUGCCAUCCCGGAGAAUCCACCACCUGCUCCUAAAGAGCAGCAGAAGGUUGAGUCCACUGAACCACUGAAGGUCAUCAAACCAGGUCAGGAGGAGGAAGGUCAAGCCAAAGGCAAAGGUCAAGGAACCACAGCCACCGAUGGCAAAGGUAAAGACAAGAAGAAGUCUCUGCUGGACGGUGGUUUGAUGAAGCUGAAGCCUCGGACCACGCACGAGUUGUCAGUGGAGCAGCAGCUAUAUUACAAGGAGAUCACCGAGGCGUGUGUCGGGUCUUGUGAGGCCAAGAGAGCAGAGGCCCUGCAGAGCAUAGCUACAGACCCUGGCUUGUACCAAAUGUUGCCCAGGUUCAGCACCUUCAUCUCGGAAGGGGUACGAGUGAACGUGGUGCAGAAUAACCUGGCACUCCUCAUCUACCUGAUGCGGAUGGUGAAAGCUCUAAUGGACAACCCUACACUCUACCUGGAGAAAUACCUGCAUGAGCUGAUCCCAGCGGUGGUGACGUGCAUCGUGAGCCGGCAGCUGUGCCUCCGGCCAGAUGUGGACAACCACUGGGCGCUGAGGGAUUUCGCCGCCCGUCUCAUGGCGCAGAUCUGCAAGAACUUCAGCACCACCACCAACAACAUCCAGUCCCGCAUCACCAAAACCUUCACCAAGAGCUGGUUGGAUGAUAAAACUGCCUGGACAACUCGGUAUGGCUGCAUCGCUGGACUGGCUGAGCUCGGCCAUGAUGUUAUCAAGACGCUGAUCAUCCAGAGGCUGCCCGUCGAAGGUGAGCGCAUUCGCGUGGUGCUAGACGGACCUGUCGUCAGUAACAUCGACAGGAUAGGAGCUGACCACGUACAGAGUCUGCUGCUGAAACACUGUGCGCCUGUUGUGGCUAAGGUCCGCUCACCGCCUGACAACCAGGAAUCUUACAAGACGGACUACGGGUAUCUGGGCCCCAUGCUGUGUACUCAUGUGGUGAAGGCUCGCGCGCAGGCGGCUAUGCAGGCACAGCAAGUGAACAGGACCACGCUGACCAUCACACAGCCCCGGCCCACCCUCACGAUCUCGCAAGCUCCACAGACGACCCAGACAUCGCGCUCACCCAGCAUCAUCAAGGUGCCAAGCUCCAUCACGCUGCCCAUGCAGACCCUAGUGUCUGCCCGCCCGUCAACCCCCACCCAGCCUUCACCGCCCCCUACCAAGUUCAUCAUGAUGUCUUCGGCCUCCGGCUCGUCCACCACACAACAGCCCAGACCCUUGCUGACUGUCCCCCAGAGCCCGCAGUCAUCGCAGCCCUCCACCUCCCCCAGUAUCUUCAAGGUGCCUAGCUCCAUCACGCUGCCGAUGCAGACGCUCCUGACUCGGCCGUCCACACCAACGCAGUCGUCACCAUCUCCGACCAACUACAUCGUGAUGUCCUCGAGCUCUGGUAGCUCCAGCACGCAGCAGGUGAUAACGCUGAGGACGACAUCCUGUGGGAGCGGCAACACGUCCCCCGUCACCACCUCCAUGCCCAGCGUGCAGCCAAUUGUCAAGCUGGUCUCCACCUCCCAGACCGCGCCCAGCAACACCGUGACGGGCAACACACAGAAGUACAUCGUGGUCUCCCUCCCCUCGGUAUCGGACAGCAAGACGCCGAGCAGCGGCAACUCUCUACAGCAGCACUCCCCCAAGUGUGUGAGGGCCAGGUGGAAGGUGGUGGCGAUGGCGUUGUCUGUUGAGCAGUUGGGACGAACCAUUUCUACUGACAGGAGAAGGGGCAAAGGCGGGUUGCUGGUGCCCUAAAACCACUUGCCUGGGGAAGAUGGGGUUCAUCAGCUGCGGCUGGAAGCUCAUCGAGGAGAAGGCAAUCUCUGAAAUGAAAAUUCCGCUGCCUUUCAGCUAUACACACUCGCGGGGAAGACUUUGGGAGUACACCCUGAGGGAAAAAUCAGGAAUUGGAGUCUCUAAGGCCAUCCUACGUUGAGUUUCAACACUGACUGGCAACUCCUGUGAUGGCCUCUGCUGUUCUUUGGGUUCCUCAGAUGCGUGCAGAGGGCGAGCGUGCCGCACGGGCAACAGCUCGCUCUCCAUAUUGUACAGUCCUGGCUCGUGU